AUGGACAGGAACCAUAAGGAGAAGGAGAAGGAGAAAGAGAAGGCUUCUAGGUUGUAUGCUGAUGUUGUUUCACCUGAUCAAAUCAGGGUUGGGUUUAUAAGAUUUAUUGAGUCGGUCGGUGAUCUUGCUCUGCACAUACCUGAUCUCCUUGCUUUGUUUAUUGCCCGAGCCAUCGUAGAUGAAAUCCUUCCUCCUGUUUUUCUAGCUAGAGCAAACAAGACUCUACCUGAAUCCUCUGAAGGGUUUCAAGUUAUCUUAACUGUGGAGAAGAGCUAUCUCUGGGCUCCUCACCACGCGGAGCUUGUGGAGAACAGAUGGGCUUGUAGGUGCAUCAGAGAGCUAAGCGGCUCUUUUUUCCAUCACGAGGUCGUGAAGAGGUCUUUGGUUCAAGCCAUGGAGUCUCCAACCUUGAUGCUAAAACUGUUGAAAGAAGCUGCCGAGGAAGGUCUCAUCAGUUCGACUCAAAUGGCUAAAGGCUUCUCCCAUGUAGAAGAGAGUCUUGAUGAAAAGCUAAGACGUUAAGAGUACUUCCUCUCGGAUGACAUCCCUGAGCUCAUCCCAAGUCUUGAAGACUUAGGAUCACCUGAAUAUAACUCAGUGUUCCUAAAGAAGCUCAUGGAGAUGUUCUCAACAGGAGAUUUCAUAAACGGAUUCAUCUUGCUCGCAGAAGACACAGCGUUAGACAUCUUAGACGCAUCAGAGCACCAUGUCGUGGCUCCGCUUAACCUGGAAGAGAUCUCAAGCAGCUUACCUCCAAAGUCAACCGGAAGCGAAACCGCUAGACACGCAGGAAAGAGGCUCCUGAGAAGCUGGGGUGGAGGAACCGGCUGGGCGGUGGAAGAUGCUAAAGACAAGAUCUGGAAACUUCUGGAAGAAUACGAAACAGGAGGAGUAGUGUCUCAGUGCAUACGUGAUCUAGGGAUGCCGUUUUUCAACCACGAAGCUUUGGUGAUAGCCAUGGAGAGGAAGAAGGAUGGGAUGCUAAAUCUCUUGGAGGAGUGUUUUGCUCAAGGGAUUAUUACAACUAACCAAAUGACUAAAGGGUUUGGUCGUGUCAAAGAGAGCCUUGAUGACUUGUCUUUGGACAUUCCUAAUGCUAAAUGGCUAGUACACAACGGUUGUGGCUGUCCUGCUCCAGAUUCCUGACCUGAUUCUGCGUAUCUCUGUCUAUUAUGGUAUACGUAGAUAUGUAUUGUGGAGUUGAUUCAAGAAUGGGAUGUUUGUAUUGUUAAGGUGUUCUUUUUUACUUAUUUUACUUGUAGAAAAUUACAUGCAGAAAGUAUCUUACUGAGUCUGAGAUUCA